GAAUAAUCAAUUAAUUAAUUAAUUGAUAUCUCAUAACACAAAAAUCUUAAUUCGCCGACCAAUACACAUGAUAAAGUCAAAAAAUUUCUUAUAUAAAGCCAUGACAUAAUUCACAACUCUCAUUAGUCUAACUUGCUUCCUCUUCCUUCAUCAUCCUUAUCCCUUCUCACUUCCCAAUUCUUCUAAAUCAACCUUCACAUUCCAAUUUACCAAUUUCUAGUUAAUCAAACACUUCUUCAAAUAUAUACAACCGCCAUUAUUUUGGCAAUAUAUAAUAUAUAGUCUUAUAACAAUUCCUAUCUAUCACCAAUUAAAGCCUAUUAACAAAAAAAGAAAAACACACACCAAUUAAAAGCCUUCCCAUUUUAAUUUACAUAAAAAGAAAAACACACACCAAUUAAAAACCUUCCCAUUUUAAUUUAUAUAUAUAGUAGUAUACCCUAGCUACCAAAUUAAAUACAUCAUAUAUAGUGUAUUGUGUCAAGAUGGUUAAUGGUGAUUAUGCUUACCCUUCAACUAUGAAUGUUGAGAGUGUGCACCGUGUGGCAAUACCACCACCACAACCAUUUCUGAAGUCACUCAAAUAUUCUAUGAAAGAAACAUUUUUUCCAGAUGACCCAUUGAGAAAGUUCAAGAACCAAUCAGCUUCAAGGAAAUUUGUGCUUGCUCUUCAACAUUUUUUGCCCAUUUUGGAGUGGGCCCCAAAAUACACAAUUCAGUUCUUGAAAUCUGAUCUUAUUGCUGGAAUCACCAUUGCUAGUUUAGCUAUUCCUCAAGGGAUUAGUUAUGCUAAGCUUGCUAAUCUUCCUCCAAUUCUUGGACUUUAUUCAAGCUUUAUACCACCAUUGAUUUAUGCGAUGAUGGGUAGCUCGAGGGAUUUGGCCGUGGGAACUGUGGCGGUUGGAUCACUUCUAAUGGCUUCCAUGUUGGGUCGUGAAGUUAAUCCAAACGAGAAUCCGAAGCUUUUUCUCCACCUUGCUUUCACAGCAACAUUCUUUGCUGGAGCUCUACAAUUAUCACUCGGUCUCUUUAGGUUGGGGUUUAUUGUGGAUUUUCUAUCACAUGCAGCAAUUGUAGGAUUCAUGGGAGGAGCAGCAACAGUGGUUUGUCUUCAACAACUAAAAUCAAUUUUAGGACUUGAACAUUUUACACACAAAGCUGAUAUUGUGUCAGUUAUGAGUUCUGUUUUCACACAAACUCGUGAGUGGAGGUGGGAAAGUGCAGUGUUGGGAUGUUGCUUUAUUUUUUUCCUCCUCGUCACAAGAUACAUCAGCAAACAACGACCAAAGUUGUUUUGGGUGUCAGCAAUGGCGCCACUAACAUCGGUUAUAUUGGGAAGUCUACUGGUUUAUCUCACUCACGCUGAGAAGCACGGUGUUCAAGUGAUAGGAGAAUUGAAGAAGGGGCUUAAUCCACCUUCAGCAACAGAUUUGGUGUUUGUGUCACCAUAUAUGGGCACAGCCAUCAAAACUGGACUCAUUAUUGGUAUAAUAGCUCUUGCGGAAGGAAUAGCAGUAGGAAGAAGCUUUGCAAUGUUUAAAAAUUACCAUAUUGAUGGCAAUAAAGAAAUGAUAGCUUUUGGUACCAUGAAUAUGUUGGGUUCAUUAACCUCUUGUUACCUCACAACAGGACCGUUUUCGCGUUCGGCCGUGAACUACAACGCCGGGUGCAAAACUGCAGCAUCAAACAUUGUAAUGUCAAUAGCAGUGAUGUUGACAUUAUUAUUCCUAACACCAUUGUUCCAUUACACUCCUCUUGUAGUUCUAGCAGCCAUCAUUGUAUCUGCAAUGCUUGGACUCAUAGAUUAUCAAGCAGCAAUUCAUUUGUGGAAAAUUGACAAAUUUGAUUUUUUAGUAUGCUUCAGUGCAUAUAUUGGGGUUGUCUUUGGCAGUGUUGAAAUUGGCUUAGUAAUAGCUGUUGCAUUAUCUGUGCUUAGAGUACUUUUAUUUGUUGCAAGGCCUAGAACAUUUGUUUUAGGAAACAUUCCAAAUUCUUCAGCAUACAGAAAUGUUGAACAUUAUCCAAAUGCACAUCAUGUUCCUGGAAUACUAAUUCUUGAAAUUGAUGCACCAAUUUACUUUGCUAAUGCAAGCUAUUUAAGAGAGAGGAUCACAAGGUGGAUUGAUGAAGAGGAAGAGAGACUUGAAGGUGCGGGGAAAACCAGUUUGGAGUAUGUUAUUGUGGAUAUGACCGCUGUUGCAAACAUAGAUACGAGUGGAAUAAGCAUGCUCGAAGAGUUCAAAAAGUCGGUCGACAGAAAAGGGCUACAACUCGUUUUGGUCAACCCCGGAAGCGAGGUGACGAAGAAACUGAACAAAUCAAAGUUCCUUGAUGAAAUAGGACACAAAUGGCUUUAUGUGACAGUUGAAGAAGCUGUUGGAGUAUGCAGCUUCAUGCUUGGUACACACAAGGCUAAUCCAAAGAAAGAUGAACCAGAAGGUUUGAACAGUGUGUGAGAAGAAGCAUUGUUUAGUACUGAUUUUUCUUCUUAACUACUAAUUGCUACCGUUAGUAUGUGGCAUGAGAGUUUCUGAAUCAUGCUACAGAAGAUAUAGAGUGUGCAAGGGUAUUUAUAUUAAUAAAUUUUCAUUAGUUUGUACCUUGAGUUGGAAGAAAUUAAUGUUUCCAACAUAGGCUAUUGAAUGUUUUAUGUAUCUUGAAAAUCUAAUUUCAAAUGGAAAAUAGUAGUUAUGAAAUUGGAAA